AUGUCUGCUAUUAGAAUCCAUCCGCCUACCACGGCGUUGACGAUAUCUAUCAAACACCUCACCUGCAACCCAAAUAACCUCAACCUCUUCUCCACCAAUUCUCGCAAUUUCAAGCGUUCUGGCUUCAGAAGAAACCUAACCCCCAUCGCCAUGUCUUCCAACCCUCUCGAGGUCUGCGCCAAAUCGUCUAUCACUGUCCCUAAUAGGCUCGGCGACUGCCCUUUUACUCAGAGAGUUUUAUUGACUUUGGAGGAGAAGCAUCUUCCUUACAAUCUCAAGUUAAUUGAUCUUGCUAACAAACCAGAAUGGUUUCUAAGUAUAAGCCCAGAAGGUAAAGUUCCUAUCGUGAAGCUUGAUGACAAAUGGAUAGCGGAUUCAGAUGUUAUUACACAGACAGUAGAGGAGAAGUUCCCUGAACCACCAUUGUUGACUCCACCCGAGAAAGCUUCCAUUGGGUCAAAGAUUUUUUCAACAUAUAUUGGGUUCUUGAAAAGCAAAGACCCUAACGAUGGAAAAGAAGAAGCUUUACUUAAUGAGUUAUCUGCUUUCAAUGAUUACAUAAAAGAAAAUGGCCCAUUUAUUAAUGGGAAGGAUAUAUCUGGUGCUGACUUGUCACUUGGACCAAAGCUUUACCAUUUGGAGAUUGCUUUAGGUCAUUAUAAGCAGUGGUCAGUUCCAGAUUCACUUCCUCAUCUCAAAACAUACAUGAAGACUGUGUUCUCAUUGGAGUCAUUCACAAAAACUAUGCCACUCACAGAAGAUGUAAUUGAAGGAUGGAGGCCAAAAGUCAUGGGUUAAAGAGUUGAAUCCACUUCAUUUUGUCGUAUCAUCUAUGUUGCUUAUUGUAGCUUUCAUUUGCAUUAUAUGACAUGGUGUUUAAUAUAUGGAUUUAAAUAGUUGUCAUC